AUGCUUAACAAUCCAUCCUACAAACAAAAUGCCGAGAAAUUGAGGAGUUACUUCGAGGAUGCGCCGAUCCCGCCACUGCAGGAAGGGGCGUUUAAAAUCAAGCGCCUGAUCAAAUAUGGUGGCCGAAUGCCGGAAUAUUUCUACACACGAUCCAUUAACAUCGACUACAUUCGAUAUCUGAAUCUGGAUCUCAUUUUGCUGAUUCCCUCACUAACUUGUUUGUUGCUAUUAGUAAAAUAA